AUGGAGGGAAUCGGGAUAGACGACAUCCUCGCGUCGGUAGAUAGGGGUGACAUCUCGUCUCCCGAAGCCACGGCCGUCGACCACCAGCAGCUAACGCGGUUCUGGGUCGCGGAGCGGGCUGUCCCUGAACUGCUGCCAUGGCCAGGCGCGCUGAUGGACCGGAUGAUGGAGAGGGUUUCCAAACAGAUAUCCAGGAUUGAAGACCUCUCGAUGGCAGCAGCCGAUCCGCUCUCGCCGGAGAACAAUAACCAGAACAAGCCAACGCUGAACCUCAAGCUAUCAAUAAUGCAGUCCGACCUGGCACGGACACAAUACAUCAUUCGCUCAAUAUUGCGCCAGAGAUUAUCAAAGCUUAUCAAGUACAGCAUAUACUAUCUACGGAUAACAAUGAAUCAGCAGUCGCAGCAACCGCAAACCCCCGCGGGGGCGGACGCAGCCUCCUUCCUCUCCGAGAAAGAACUACAGUUCUUACGCGGCCAUCAGUCGCUGCUAACCACGCAUUACAAUGUUUCGUUUUUAUCCACGUUUCCCGCGAACCUGAAAAGGCUAGACGAUAACGUCGGUGGUACGAACAUGGUUGUUGCGCCGGAGAAUAAGGAGGUUGUCUUCGUGCGGUGUUUGAGUGACGAGGCUAGGAUUGUCAUUCCUGCUUUGGAAGGUGAGGAAGGGAUGGCCGGUCUUGAAAGGUAUGGUGGUAGGAUGGCCAGGGAGGAGGUAUGGGUUGUUCGAUGGGAGGGCGUUAAGGAUGCGUGGAAAAGGGGGGACGUUGAAGUUCUUUAG